AUGGUUCGACUUUAUGUAUCGCUUGCGCAGCGUGCUGGCGAAAUACUGCUCGAAGGUUACGCGGAGGCCGGCAAGCAGGUCAGCAUCACGGCAUUUUACGAUGUGGUCACCGAUUAUGAUAAUAAAAUUGAAGAAUUUCUUAUCGAACAAGUAUUGGCACGCUAUCCGAGACAGUUUAUCGGCGAAGAGGAUACAGCGAAAAAUAAUCAUGUGACAAGCGCAACGGACGCACCAACUUGGAUCAUUGAUCCCAUCGAUGGCACAUCGAACUUUAUCAAACAGAUACCGCAUGGCAUCUCAAUCGGUUUGGCGGUAAAUAAGCACGUUUUGGGCAUCAUCAACAAUCCGGUGCAGGAAAAUGACACAACAAAACUAGGGGGCGCCUUUUGCAAUGGGAAGCCCAUACAUGUGAGCAAUAUUGCUAAAGUAAAUGAGGAAGCGAAUGUGGCGUACGAGGUGUCAUUGUUGCAUGCGCAUAAAAUACGUAACAAGCAUAUAAAACGUAUAUAUCAUUAUUUUUCUGCCACUUUCAGAUUACUCGCGUAUUCGUGUGUCGUGGAUUCCUUAUGCAUGGUAGCUGCCGGAAACUUGGAUGCUUUUCAUAUCGAAGACAUGUACCCAUGGGAUUGCUGCCGGUUAUUUGCUCAUACGCGAAGCCGGUUGGUAACACAUCCCUAUGGUGGACCAUUUGAAAUUAUGAAACCAGAUUUAAUAUGCGCUGGCACCGAGCCGUUGCGCAAAGAAAUGGAGGAGAUCAUAAGGAAAGAUCAAGUGAAAACUGUUCGGCGAGGAGCCAUAAAGUUUAGUUGA